AUGGGGAGGAGAAUAAGGUCCGAUGGUUCAGCAGUUGGAGCUUGGGAUUCCUCAAAUGUUGAAGCUUUUAUUCGUUACACUGUUGAAAAGGGCUACAACAUAUAUGGUUGGGAACUUGGGAAUGAACUUUGCGGCGGUGGAGUUGGGACAAGAGUUGCACCUGAUCAGCAUGCUUCUGAUACAAUUGUACUACACAACAAAGUGCAAGAAAUCUACAAGGAUGUAGCAAACAAGCCAAUUGUUUUAGCGCCGGGAGGAUUCUUUGAUGUCAACUGGUUUACAGAUUUUUUGCGUAGGACCAACAAUGCUGUAGAUUUGUUAACCCAAGCUUUCGCCUUUCUUGGAUUUCUUCCGGAGCUGGAAACAAAAAUGGCCACCCGUGAAAAACAACUGGUAAGGGAAAACGGAAGAUUUGUUGUAUGA